AUGGAUCCGUCGAGGAAAGGUGAGGCGCCGGCGGCAAAGGUCCCUGAUUCCACCGCGCGUGACGUCCAGCGACAGCCCAUUCCCGUCGAUGGGGAGGAGGACGACCAGGGACACCAGCAGUGGCGGCAGCCGGACGAAGCGCCUCCGCCGUAUGAGCCGUCUUCGACCGGCACCGCCGCAUCUACCCCGUCAUCCUCGUCUCGACCUUCUGCUCGCGAAUCGGGUGACGUGGACGACCCGCGGAGCUCACGCAGUAGCUUGGCAGACGAUGAUAAGGCCGGACUGCUCGCAGGGAAACGAGGGCGAAGGCGCGGUGCCCGGGAGGAGGGGUACCUGCUGGAACCGCGGCCUAGGUUGUCACGGGAGCGGGAGGACAGCGAGGAGUAUACGUGGGUGUAUCCCGAGAUGCUGGCGGCGGAAGAGAGGUUGCUGUUUUAG